GGCCCUCACAAGCAACAAAAUUAUUUUUUUAAAGAUCCCGAUUAAGGACUUUAUUAUUUUAUUUCUUUUUUGUGAAAGGUUACUUCAGACUUCCAAAAGAAAGCUUUUUCGAAAAUCCAUGACAUUGCUUUUUAAUGACCCUUUUUGAACGAUUAAAAUAUAAAGUUCACUCAAAAUGCUAACCUAUCUGUUAUUAUUUAUCAAGGACUCUAUUCUUUCGAUAUACUUUUUAUUUCUAGAGAAAACAAAAUAAACCUAUCUCAAAUUGUUACAGUAGUUGCUGAAUCGCAAUAAAUUUUUUUUGGACUUGAUGAUGAUAUGAAUAUGAUUAUGCAAUCAGACAUUUCUACACUUUACCGACAACAAAGUCUCCACUACAGUUUUAUUGCAUUCUCGAUGUUGCCUGUUCCAUCCGAUUGUGAAACUCCCAGUGUUGAAGAGGUCACUACCAGUAGAAUUAGCAUCGUCUCGUCUGGUUCUGAACGUAUCACAGAGGCAAAUCCACUUGUUAUUCAUCGCUGCAAAGUUCCUUCUACCGUUGAUAGCGUCACUGGCAUUAAAAGCAUCUUCCGUUGCCUUGUUCAAAUUCAGCUUUGCUUGAGAAGAAUUCUGGGGUCGUUGGAUUUUAAUCCUUUAUUGGGAUAUUUCGAAAAUUUUGGCACUGGAGAAAAUUCGAUGUUAUUGUUAAUCGCCUAUAUAAAUCCAUUAAAUUUUUUCUUCAUCUAUUUGGCAAAAUUGUAA